AUGUCUGUAACUGUCAAACACCUCAAUGCUGAUACGGCCUUUCUCCUCGUCUUCUCCCCCAAGGCGCAUCCGCUGCCUGCAGAUCUCACUGCCGCAGGUGGUGCCUUUUCGGUGCUCAUAGAUCCAUGGAUCAAAGAGCCCUCCGUCAUUCCCGCGCCCCGGGUUGCAACAACCGAGCACAACAUCGCCCGCGCCAUCGAGCAUCUCUCCGAGCUCGACGAACCCGACGUGCUCAUCGUGUCGCAAAACAAGCCUGACCGCCACAAAGAGACGCUCCUCCAACUGCCUCCGGACGGGAAGACUAUUGUCGCGGCGGAACCGGGCGCGGCAAAGACCAUCAAGAGCUGGAACCAUUUUGAUCCCACGAGGGUCCAUGCGCUGCUCAAAUAUGACCCCAAGGUCAAGUUCGGGCGCUCGUUGCGACUCCCGAUGGCUGCCCUUUCACCACAGGGGUUUCCGGGAGAGCUCAACAUCGCCUUCAUCCCGACCAAGCGCUACAGGACCGGCGUGCACAACGCCAUCGGCAUCACGUAUCAACCGCCCACUCGCACGAGGAGUAUUGCCCCCAUUGCAACCGUGGAUCUACCAAAAGCCACCAGAUACUUCCAUAUGCCACUCAGUCCGAUAACUAUGCCGCCGUCCAGCCCUCCAGCACCUCUGACUCCUCUGGUUGAUCGACCCCUGUCUCUUGAUCUUCCUGCCCAUGCUCGCGAGUCCGGACAGCGCCCCCACACGGCGCAUUUCAAAGGACAUCGACCGCGGCUGUCUCGCUCGUCAAACACUGCUUCAUCGGAAUUCCUCCUGGCGGCUGACCAUCCUUCCAUUCGAAUCCACCCAGAGCCCGAAGCCGGGGCGGGCGACGUCGUGCAAAGAGUGUUGACCAUUCCCGACCACCCAACACUCUUGGACAGUCCUUUCCAGUUUGAACUCGAUCCUGCACCCUUCACGUUUGUCAACGACCUCCCGACACCUCCAGCUUCGCCUGCUCCAACGGCGGUGGCAGCUUCACCAAGCGCGGCCCCAAAUCCUCCGGCGACAUCCCCAACCAGCACUUUCUUCCAUCACCGGCACAGAUCUUCCGUGACCUCCCAUCAGAAGUCCUUGUCCAGCGUCUCCUCCAUGCCACACCUCGCACGCAUCACUCCCGCCCGCCCCAAAGCCAUCUCAAUCAUUUACUCGCCGCACGGCCUCCCACUGUCUGAUCUCCAGCCCUACAUCCAAAACCAUCUCGUCCGUCUGGCCGGCGCCCUUCCUUUGACCUUGCUCCUCCACUCUUUCGACUAUGCGCAAAACCCUUGGUAUCUGGGCGGCAACAUCAUGGCCGGGAUGUACGGCGGAGCAGAAAUCGCCCGCGCGUUGAUGGCUAGAUGCUGGAUUCGUGCCCACGACGAACCUAAAGACAGUCGUGGGAUCAGCGUGAAGAAAUUGCGGGUGAGACGCAUCUCCGUGGAUGAGGUGAGAAGACAUCUGUGGGAAGGAGAAGAGGGCGAAUGGCUAAGGAAAAGAGGAUGGACCUGCGAUGUUCGGCAAUUGGGGGCAGGGAGAGAGAUAUUCAUUGGACCGAGUAGAGAUCUUUGCUCAGGAAUGGAGGGAAAGAGGGAGAGUCGGCUGUUGAGGUUUGGUGGCGGAGAAGAGUUGAAAUAG